GGCACGAGGCGGAUAAGCCCAGGCUUAAACAGAAAGCGCGACCCAGUCCGACUAGUCCCAUUCCCCCACCUCCGUCCUCUGCCGCCGACGGGACGAUGGCGUCCGUCCCCGGGACGCGGCCGGCGCCGCUCGCCGCCUUCGCGUCGCUCCUCGCCGCGCGCCGCUUCGGCGCGGCGAAGUCGAUGCUCCCGUCCCUCCUCACCCCCACCCUCCUCGCGGUCCCCUUCGCCGACCUCGCGGCCGGCUCCCUCCCGCGCGCCGCGCCGCGGCACGCCGUCGCGGCCUUCCACGACAUGCUCUUCUGCGCGUACGCAGACGCGGGCGCCCCGGAACGCGCGGCCGAGGCGCUCGACCUCACCGUCUCCCGCCUCGGCAGCCUCGACCCGCGCUCGCUCACCUCGUCGCUGCUCUCGCUCCGCCGGACCGGCCAUCUGCUCCCCGCCGCCGAGCUCCUCAGGAAGGCGCUCGCUUCCUGCCCGGGCUCCAUCACGCCCCUCUCGGCCUCGGUCGUCGUCGACGGCUUCUGCAAGGCCGGCCGCAUGGACGACGCCCGCAGGCUGCUCGACGAAAUGCCAAGGCACGGCGUGAAGCUCAACGCGUGCUGCUAUAACUCGCUGCUCGACAGCUACACGCGCCAGAAGAACGAUGGACGGGUUGCAGAGGUGCUGAAGGAGAUGGAGAGUGGAGGCGUGGAGCCGACUGUCGGGACGUAUACGAUCCUUGUCGAUGGUUUGUCGAUGGCUGGCGAUAUCAGCAAGGUUGAGUCCGUGUUUGAUGAGAUGAAGAGGAAGAAUGUCGCAGGCGAUGUCUACUUCUACAGUGCGGUCAUCAAUGCGUAUUGUCGGGCUGGGAAUGUGCGGAGGGCAUCUGAGGUGUUUGAUGAAUGCGUUGGCAAUGGCAUUGAGCCGAAUGAGCGUACUUAUGGAGCAUUGAUCAAUGGGUUCUGCAAGAUUGGGCAGAUAGAGGCUGCUGAGAUGUUGCUGACAGAUAUGCAGUUAAGAGGAGUAGGACAUAACCAAAUCGUUUUCAAUACGAUGAUUGACGGGUAUUGUCGCCUUGGCAUGGUGGACAAGGCCCUGGAAAUUAAGGCGGUCAUGGAGAGGAUGGGCAUCCAGUUGGAUGUCUAUACAUACAACACGCUUGCGUGUGGGCUCUGCAGGGUGAAUAGAAUGGAAGAGGCCAAGAAGCUACUGCAUAUCAUGACCGAGAAUGGAGUCGAGUCAAACUAUGUCAGCUACACCACGUUGAUCGGCAUCCAUUCCAAGGAGGGUGACAUGGUAGAGGCAAGAAGGCUGUUCCGAGAUAUGGAAGGUAAGGGGUCAAGACCAAGUGUUGUAACCUACAAUGUCAUGAUUGACGGGUACAUCAAGAAUGGGAGCAUACGUGAAGCCGAGCGGUUCAAAAAGGAGAUGGAGAAGAAAGGGCUUGUUCCAGACGUAUACACUUACGCAGCAAUAGUUCAUGGGCACUGUGUCAAUGGGAAGGUGGAUGUUGCACUGCGGUUGUUUGAAGAGAUGAAGCUGAGGGGUGCCAAACCUAACGUCGUGGCGUACACAGCUAUGAUAUCAGGUCUAGCGAAGGAAGGCAGAUCAGAGGAGGCCUUCCAGUUAUAUGACAAUAUGUUGGCAGCUGGAUUGACUCCAGAUGAUACUCUAUAUUCUAUGCUUGUUGGAAGCCUCCAUACAGAUAAAAGAAAACAUGAAAUCCCAUGAAGAAUGUAAGGUUUGUCAGGCUUAUUGUUCUUAACAGAUGAUACCGUAAGGGAAUUGACCGAAUCCUCUCUCACAUGAAUCACCGUGAACACCAAGGCUGGUAGCGCCAUUGCCAUGUCCAGGGCUGAUGUGCUACAGGGAUCCGACGUCGCUACCAGUUCGAGGCAGGACCGCGGAAAGACUGGCACAACAUUGAUUUGAUGCUGUACCAGUUCGAUGCCGCCGAAUACCUCCACAUGGAGGAGCGUGGAGGAGGACAUCAUGUAAGGUCUGGUUUGGUUACAGUACAGUCAGUAUUGAAAGAUUUGCGUUCUUUGUUCUUGCCAAAUCGCAAUCAAUUUAAAGUUCUACCACCAUUCUGGAUUGUGCAACUUUUACAUAGAGAAGGGGCGGAAACAAGGCGACGAGCGGAGAUCUGGUCUAUACACUAUACACUAACCUAUCUGAAAAGUUCUGCUCUCUGGAAGUUCCAUGGUUAACUUAUUAUGCUACUGCAGUAUUACCUAGUGCUCACUGCGGAUUGCGCCGUGAGCUUCUUAUGUUAGUAAUACCAUACGUUCAGUUUCUCUGAAAGAAAAUGGGUGUGUAAAAUCGACUACAAAAGGAUUUGAUUCAGAGUAUUUAUGGAACCAUUUCUCUAA